UUUUAUUUAUAAGGACGUUGAACAGCCGAGCAUUCAUUCAGCUCCGGCGAAAGUUCGCGGCUUGCACGAUGGAGAGAGCCACAGUCGCCUCUCUUCUCGUUUUCUUCUCAUGCCUGAUUUCUUCCUCGCUCGCUGUAACGUCUGGUUCGGCGGAUGGAUACACCAUCACGGGUCGCAUCAAGAUCGAUGGUAUUGGGUCAAAGGUAUUUGGACAUUCCUCCAAGUUAUCUAAUAUCAAGGUCAUACUUAAUGGUGGUCAGACAACUACUUUUGUUAGAGCAGAUGGUUACUUCUCAUUCUGCAACAUCCCUGCUGGUACUCAUCUGAUUGAGGUGGCUGCAAUGGGCUAUUUAUUUUCUCCUGUUCGUGUUGAUAUAAGUGCUAGGAAUCCUGGUAAAAUCCAGGCAGCGUUGACUGAAAAUAGGAGAGUUCUACAGGAGUUAGUUUUGGAACCUCUAAGAGAAGAGCAAUACUAUGAGAUGAGGGAGCCAUUUUCUAUAAUGUCUAUCGUGAAAAGUCCUAUGGGUUUGAUGCUUGGUUUCAUGUUCCUUGUUGUGUUCCUCAUGCCAAAGUUGAUGGAGAAUAUGGAUCCGGAAGAAAUGAGGCGGGCUCAAGAAGAAAUGAGGAACCAAGGCGUCCCAUCUCUCUCAAACUUGCUCUCUGGAAGGACCAGUAAUUCAUAAACAAGCCAGUUUCAUAAGAGAAAUGUCCAUUGGAGCUGAAAUUUUCUUCUUUUUUAAACUAUUGUGGCAAUGCUAAGCUGGUUU